AAGGCGUGUCACUAAACUCCCGAGUGAUUCAUCUGAUUAAACCUAUACGAUCUUCGUUGCAACUCUUCUGACAGCUAGCGAGCAACUCCACAUCGGUCUAAACAAGCUGCCGUCCUACAGAGCUGGACGAACACAAAAGGGAAGGGGAGAGUAUAACCCUGGUCUCCCCAGCCAACUCUGAGUGAACCAGCCAGCCAUGGAUGACACCUCCUCACUUGGAAAAGUCAGCAGCUCUACAGAGUCGGUGGCCACCGUCACCAGUGAAGAGUUUGUUCUGGUUCAGUCCAGUGCUGCUGGAUCACCGCAAGGCUCUGGGGGCAAACCAAGACUCAAGAUGUCUUGGAAUGGGAGUGAGCAGCUAGAGAAAGCUAUGGAGGAGGUGUUGGACGAUGAUGAUGAGGUGAAGGUGGAGAAGAGCAGUGUGGAAAAGAUGGAGAAGCACAGCGACCCAGAAACCCGAGUCCCGGAGCCCGGACCUGCUGAAUCAAUUCCAGCACCAUGCAGUCCAACAGUUCUGGAGGAAGACAGUGUCCAGUUCAACAAGCUGUCCUACCUGGGCUGCACCUGGGUCAAAGCCCCCCGCAAUGAGGCAGAGGCACAGAAGGCCAUGGCCACCCUGCGGGCUGAGAGUGCUAUCCCCAUCCCGAUCACCCUGCACGUCCCCUGUGGUCCAGAUGGCUCUGUCAGGAUUGUGGACCAGGCCUCAGGUACAGAGAUCGCCUCAUUUCCCAUCUACAAGGUGCUGUUCUGUGCUCGUGGACAGGAGGGUUCGGUUGAAAGUGACUGCUUCUCCUUCACCGAGAGUUACCGGAGCUCCGAAGACUUCCAGAUUCAUGUCUUCUCCUGUCACAUCAAGGAGGCCGUCAGUCGUAUCCUGUACAGUUUCUCCACAGCCUUCAGGCGUUCUUCACGGCCGGCAGACAUCAGGGACACGGCACUGUCCAGUCCGCCUGACAGCGACCUCUACACUUUCACAGUCACACUUGAGAUCAAAGAGGACGAUGGCAAGGGCAACUACAGUCCAGUGCCUAAGGACAGAGAUAAGUUCUACUUCAAGCUGCGACAGAGCAUUCAGAAGAAGGUUGUGGUUUCAGUUCAACAAAUGUGUAACAAGGAGCUUGGCAUUGAGAGGUGUUUUGGGAUGCUGCUGAGUCCAGGACAGAAAGUCUGCAAUAGCGACAUGCAUCUACUAGACAUGGAGUCGAUGGGAAAGAGCUCAGAUGGGAAGGCCUAUGUCAUCACAGGAACAUGGAACCCCAACCUGGCAGCCUUUCAGCCGCUGAAUGAAGACACACCUAAAGAUAAGCAGGUCUACGUGACAGUGGCUGUGGACCUGGUGGUCACUGAGGUGCUUGAGCCGGUUCGCUUCCUGCUGGAAACUCUGGUCAGGGUAUAUCCAUCAAAUGAACGUUUCUGGUACUUCAGCCGCAAGACCUUCAGUGAGACCUUUUACCUCAAACUCAGACAGCAGGCACCAGACAGGGUGGGUCAGAGCGAUGCUGUGUAUGAGGUGGUGAGUCUUCAGAGGGAGGCAGAAAGAAGCAGUGAAGAGAAAGGACGACUGGCCUCGCCCAAUGAGGAAGAGGAGGUUGAUGAAGAUAGCGACAGUGAAAUCUCCAGUGGCACAGGAGACGUUUCUAAAGACUGUCCUGAGAAAAUCCUGGAGUCCUGGGGAGCAAUCCUCAACAGAUGGCAUGGGAACCUGUCCACUCGUCCAAAGGGUUUGCCCUCAUUGGUUCGCAGCGGCAUUCCUGAGCCACUCAGAGCUGAAGUCUGGCAGCUAUUGGCCGGUUGCCACGACAACCACGACCUGCUUGAGCACUACCGCAUCCUCAUCACCAAGGACUCAGCUCAAGAAGGUGUCAUCACCCGGGAUAUUCACCGCACCUUCCCCGCACAUGACUACUUCAAGGACUCUGAUGGAGAUGGACAGGAUUCACUGUAUAAGAUCUGCAAGGCCUACUCUGUGUAUGAUGAAGAAAUUGGUUACUGCCAGGGUCAGUCUUUCCUUGCUGCUGUUUUGCUGUUACACAUGCCUGAGGAACAGGCCUUCUGCGUGUUGGUGAAAAUCAUGUACGAGUAUGGCCUCAGAGCUCUCUAUAAAAACAACUUUGAGGAUCUUCACUGCAAGUUCUACCAGCUGGAGAGGCUGAUGCAGGAACAGCUUCCAGACCUGUGGUCCCACUUCCAGGAGCUCAACCUGGAAGCACACAUGUACGCCUCUCAGUGGUUUCUCACCCUCUUCACUGCCAAGUUCCCCCUGUGCAUGGUUUUCCACAUCACUGACCUGCUGCUCUGCGAGGGUCUCAGCAUCAUCUUCAAUGUAGCCCUGGCCCUGCUCAAGACAUCUAAGGAGGACCUCUUGCAGGCAGACUUUGAGGGGGCUCUCAAGUUCUUCAGAGUCCAGCUCCCUAAACGCUACAGAGCUGCAGAGAAUGCCCGCAGGCUCAUGGAGCAGGCCUGCAAUAUAAAGGUUCCAACCAAAAAGCUGAAGAAGUUCGAGAAGGAAUAUCAGACUCUGAGAGAGAGCCAGCUGCAACAAGAGGACCCCAUCGACCGAUAUCAGAGGGAGAACCGCCGUCUUCAGGAAGCCAGUAUGCGGCUGGAACAGGAGAAUGACGACUUGGCCCACGAGCUGGUGACCAGCAAGAUUGCCCUUCGGAAUGACCUCGACCAGGCAGAAGACAAGGCCGAUGUUUUGAACAAAGAGCUGCUGAGCACCAAGCAACGUCUGGUGGAGACAGAGGAGGAGAAGAGGCGACAGGAGGAGGAGACGGCACAGCUGAAGGAAGUGUUCAGGAGGGAGUUAGAAAAAGCGGAGCUGGAAAUCAAGAAAACCACAGCGAUCAUCGCAGAAUACAAACAGAUCUGCUCCCAGCUGAGCACCAGGCUGGAAAAACAGCAGGCGGCAACAAAAGAAGAGCUGGACAUCGUCAAGAGUAAGGUAAUGGGCUGUGAGCACUGCAGGGACCUUUUCAGCACCCUGGGGACCCUCCAGACAUCGUCCCCCGGCAGAGACAAGACAUCCACCGAGCCGCUGGAUGAGGAGAAGGACGGACUGAAGGAACAGCUGAGGACGCUGGAGCUGGAGCUGGCACAGACCAAACUGCAACUGGUGGAGGCAAAAUGUCGCAUCCAGGAGCUCGAGCACCAGCGAGGAGUCCUGAUGAACGAGAUCCAGGCGGCCAAGAACUCUUGGCUCAGCAAAACUCUGGGCUCCCUGAAGAGCUCGGCUUCCUCCUCCUCCAGCUCCACGUCCCAGACCCCGUCCUCUCCAAAGGAGGGCCCCGCCUAGACUACCCUCUCUCCAUCUCUCUGCCCCCUGCAGGAUGCACACUAGGGCUGAGGAACACAAGUUGAAGAAAGAAGCAGAGGAGAAAUGCAGUAUUCCUUUUUCCAGCGGGUGGCAAAGCAGAGCUUGCCGGCUUCUUGGACUGCAAACAUCUGAAAAGAUGGGGGAAGAAACAGGCAGAGGACUGGACCAACCACCGGUGUUUUACUUGAUGUUUCAUUUGAGUGAACUGAAAAGUGUCUGUGACCUUCGGGUGAUGAGACAGGUGAUGGUGAAUCAUCAUUGAGGCUUGCAGUUGAUUUAAUAUUCAGUGUAUGAUGCUGACACUGUGGUGUUAGAGCCCUAAACUCUCAUUAUAACAAAGAGGAAUUAACAUACACAAUGGCUUCCCUCAUAUAGGUGAGUAAUCUGGCUCCACCUUGUGGCCACACAUUGCUACUGCAGCCAUUUUAGCUGAGAAUUCAACCUGCAUUCAGUCCUCAACUUGAACAACUUUCAAGAAUAGUGACACAGCUACAGCUGCAGAGAUAUAAUAUGUUUACUGCAUAAAGAUAUAGUGUUCUAUAUUAACCAUUUUCAGUGCAGCAAAGCCACAGCACUCUGAAAAAGGAAUACUGCAUUCACAGUCCACAAACAACACAGAGUUGUAUUUCUUUAUAGUAAUAUAACGUAAACAAUGUUGUCAUAUAAAUAUGUAUAACUAAUUAUUGAUUUUUUUGUAAUAAUCUUGUACAGUUCUUUAAGAGAAGAGAAAAAAAAACAAGGAAAAGUUCUUUUUUUUUUUUUUUUUUACUGUUUGGAAUUUGAAUGUCAUCUCUCUCGAUGUUGACGUACAGUAAGCACAGUGUGUGAUCGAUAUGGUCGGGUCCAAAUGUUGAAAAGCCAAAGUGACAACCCGCCGAUUAACGUGGUUAAUGUCCCCGCCCCCCCGGUUCUUCAGUCAGGGGUCAAACUGACUCAAGGUGUGUAGUAUCACUCUAAAUGUCACUGAUUCGUUCUUUAAAUCCUGGUUCCAGCUUGUGCAUUUUCUGCAGAGUUAAACUCAGUGUGAUCACAACAGAAGUAAGCUCGCUUUUCCAUUUCUGUGCUGAUUCCGUCCUUUUGUCUACUUUUAAUGAAUCCCUCGGAGAUAGUUAAACACAGUGUCACAUAUCGUCAGUGAUGAUAUGAAGUCUCCAAAAUGUUGUUGUUUUUUUAAAUGCAGAGGCUCCAGAUUGACUUUGGCUGUGUAUUUUUUGUUACAUUUUUUUAAACCACUGUUAAUCUUGUUGUUUUAAAUUGCACCAACUGUCUGUGGUCUCUGCAGUCCUUAUUGUUGCCUUCCCUGACUUAGAAGAAGCCAUUUCCUGGAUUGUGACGGAUAAACCAGCACAGAAAUUAUGGAGCGUAUCCGUCUGUGUUUAUGUAGACAACACCCACAGGAAGUGUUGAAAGUCUUCACUCGUUCAUACCUGUUGCAGUCAUCAAAUUCAUUGUGGAUACCAGAGUCAGCACAUUAAAUUAGGUAAUUUUCUAAUGCAGUGUAGGCUCUAAAGUAUCUGUUAGAAAGCACAAGUCCAUCCCUAAGUAAAUAUAUAUAUUUAUUUCCCAAUCAUUGCCAAACAUUAUUGCCAACACCUUCUUUGCCCUUUGUGUUGCAAUGAGCAAAGCAUGUGCAUUCCCUAAUUCAUCUCUGUGUGAGUGGUGGUCUUUUGGCUGUGUUGCUCAGGCACAUUUUGGUAUAAACUGUGUUAAAUCAAACCAACUGAUUUGUUAUAUCUUGAAGUUAGGACUUAAACCAAUUGACAUUGACUUUCCUCUAAGAAGUUAAAUUCACUUAUUCUUGACAAAUUAAGAUUUUUAGUUAUAUUUGGUUAUCUUUAGCAAGGUCAAGUGUGAGCAGAAGGUGCCUCAUGUAAAUAAGCAAAAAAGAUCGCAAAGAUUUAUUGUCCACACUCCACCAUAAAAAAAUAGUUUUAAUUUUGAGACUUAUUCUAAAGUCUUGUUGAUCCAACUACCAUUUGCAGCAAUAAAGAAUCUAGCUCAUAACCAGUUAAAGCUCAUUUUAGUAUGUUUAAACUUUAAACUUUAUUAGUUGCUAAUAUCUACAGUAAGUGUGAGCAUCACAGCCAGUGAUCCAAAGACACUCGGAUGAUUUUGUUGAAUGUGUACUAAAUCGAUAUUUAACACUCAGUCGAAAGGUUGUGCGUUUUGCUUUAAACAUGAACAUUAGAGCCGUAGUGUAGGUGCCAAAUGUCCUGCUUGACUCUCCACUCUGGUUGUCACUGAAAUCAGCCUUCGGACUCCGACCAAGCCCAUGUGUACUUGUUGGUAUGUGAGCUUGUGUGUUUUAUGGAUGUGUGUAUGUAGGUGUGUGUUCUGCACUGUAACUCAAAGUGGUUGAAGUUGAAAUGGUUUCUUCUUCACGUGGCUGCCUUUUCUCUUGAUGACUGGAGCCGUUGGCUGGUGAGAGGAAAACCAUCUGACUGCUUGAGAUGUCAGAGGAGCGUCAGCUGUGCCAUAAGAGCCUCCACUCUUCUUCGUGCCCAAAGGUCUUCCUCCGUACUCCCAUCAACCUGAACCAACUUCGGCAACAACCACAUCAUCUGAGUUUAUAGACUGAUCUGCUGAGCAUCAAUUUCAGCAGGUGCGUCACACAUUUUCACCAGGAGCCUCCAAGUACGACCACCAUCCUCUAACUGGUGGCGGCGGAGCAGCUCCACCGGAGGAAAUGCAACAAUAAUCAUAGAAAGGGAGACAAAGGAAGCUGACUGGCUGGAUAUCAUUGAAUUCAAGAUGCAAGGACAUUCCUUCCUCACUACCGUGCAUCAGUCUUGUUGGUCACACCUGUGACAGUUACAAAGUCGUGCAGUUUAACAUAAACUGUGGCCAAGUUGGAGACUGCUCCUCGUCUUUUAUGUGCACUAAAGCAACAUUAACAUUUUAAACACUAUUUCAAGAUGUGUGUUUGCUUCAAUGUUAUCCUGAUCACGGAGCAUAAUUAUUUUUUAACUGUUGAUUAUUGUCGCUGAAGAGGACAGCUGCCAAUUUACAAUCCACUCUAGUUCGGUUAAUUUCAAUGAUGCACAAAGUGCUGGUGGUGAGUGGAAUCAGAGGUGUGAUGUGCGUUGUGUAGUUUACAGUUUGUUGUAAUUCCACAGUCCUGUUACACAGGGAGGGGCUGCUCUUCAGCUGGUCCGACUUCAACACUGUUUGCUGUACAGUAACUGUCUGACCUGCAUUAAUAAAUUUAAGUUUUUCUGUUCAUUCAUGCA